CCCUCGGCCCCGGCGAUGGCGGCGGGCGGCGGGCGGGAGGCGCUGGGCGCCCCAUGAGGAGACACAAAUCAGAAGGAACGCCAGGAGCAGCCAUGCACCCCGACUGUGCCCAUCUCCACAGCAUCCAGGGCGGCGAUGACUCCUCCUGCUCCUGCCCCUGCUCGGCCAGGCUGGCUGCAGAGGGCUCCUCCUGCCCCGGGGAUGUGCGCAUCCAGCUGGGCUCCAGCGCGGCGGAACCCCGGGACACGCCGAGCUCCCGGGGCUCCCGGGCGGGCUCCCAGAGCCGCGGCCACGGGGAGGCAGCGGGGCCCGAGGAUGCGGAGCCCGAGGAGCAGGGCGGGAGCUCCCUGGCCGAGCUGCGCUGCCUCCUGCAGUGGCUGCACCGGAGCCUGCCCUACCUCCUCAUCCUCAGCGUCAAACUGCUCCUGCAGCACAGCACUGGCAUUUCUCUUGGAAUUGGGCUGCUAACAACUUAUGCAUAUGCAAACAAAAGCAUAGUAAAUCAGGUUUUUCUCAGAGAACGGUGCUCCAAGCUGCAGUGCACGUGGUUGCUGCUCUACCUGAGUGGAUCAUCUCUCCUCUUGUAUUACACCUUCCACUCUCAGGCCCUGUACCACAGCUUAAUCUUCUUAAGCCCCACUGUGGAUUUUAUGAACUUUUGGGAGGUGCUUUGGAUUGUGGGAGUCACAGACUUUAUUCUGAAAUUCCUCUUCAUGGGCUUGAAGUGCUUUAUUCUCCUGGUGCCUUCUUUUAUCAUGUCCUUUAAAUCCAAGGGCUACUGGUACAUGCUGUUAGAAGAGCUCUGCCAGUAUUACCGUAUGUUUGUCCCCAUCCCAGUGUGGUGCCGUUACCUCAUGGCCCAUGGGGGGCUGGACACUGCCCUGGGAUGGACCCUUGGCAUCCUGCUGGGCCUCCUCUACCUCAUCCUCAAGCUUUUGAGCUUUUUUGGACAAUGGAAGAACUUCAGGCAGGUCUUACGGAUAUUUUUUACACGCCCACACUAUGGGGUGCCAGCCAGCAAGAGACAGUGCUCUGAAUCUGAUGAUAUUUGUUCCAUUUGCCAAGCUGAAUUUCAGAAGCCUAUUCUGCUGAUCUGUCAGCACAUAUUUUGUGAAGAAUGCAUCUCUUUAUGGUUUAAUAGAGAAAAAACCUGUCCACUCUGCAGAACUGUUAUUUCAGACCAUGUUAACAAGUGGAAGGAUGGAGCCACAUCUAUGCAUCUCCAGAUUUUCUAAAGCUUGUCAAACAACUUGGGUUCCAGUUUGUUUGUUCACACUAAGGUUUUUCAGUUUACUGCACAUUAAACUGUAGGUGGCACAAGGAAAGUUUCCAAAUUCCACAUACCAUGUAUUUAAAACCCUGCAGAAAAUGGCAACUUGACCUUUUCUAAGUAGAGAAAACUUUUCAGAAUGAAUGCAGAAAAAGCCAGCAUUGCUUCUCUUGUGAUUCUCAUAGGAAACAGACAAAUCCUUGAAAUGUGCUGCAUUUCUUAAUUCAACAUUUUCUUUUAGAGGUUCAGUAGGGUUCCAGACUGUACUAAACUCUAUUUAUCCUUCUAACACAACUCAAGCCAAAAGGUCAACCUGCUGAUUUUAUUAAGAUUAUGAGCAAAUUUUAUCCUCUGGACUGCAGUGAGAAUUAGAGCUGCUUGUCACUCCUGGCAUUAAAGAUCUUUCAUGCUGCCCAGUAAAUGAGAGAAAUGAGAUUUUUAAUGCACCUGGAACAGCAACUAUUUCUCACUGCACCUGUAGAUAAGCACAAGAGUAAGGUAUUUCCCCUUUAGGUUCUUGUAGGCUUCUAAUGGAUCCUUGGCUUCAUCUUUUGGCUUUAAACCAACCACUGAUGUUAGGUUUUUACUUAGCAUUUUAUAAAGCUGGUAUUUUUAAAAGAAAUCUUUAAUACUAUAUUUUUGUCAUAAUAGGAGCCAGAUUUUCUUACAGGGGAGAAUCUAUUUUAUACUCUAUUUGCAAUUUGUAGUUUGCAUAAAAAUCAGAGAGAAUAAAUGCAUUUGAAUCUAUUUGUUUGGUGCAUGUUGAAUAAAGGAAGCAGAUUCCUUAUUGUUUUGGUAUUAACUCAUGUAAGCACAACUGCUCACUGCCAGGUAUAUUUUUCUGGUUGAAGAAAACAAAAACCCUUCAAGUGUUACAAUUUAUUCAUGAUUUUUAAUGUUAUUUCUAGCACUAACUUCUGUGUAACCUCACUUUCUUCCCUGAUUUGCUUUUUUCACUUUGCUGUUCAGAUCAGACUGAAAACAUAACUCAAAUGAUUGUCACAGGAAAGUUACAUUUAGUUACCAUUAACUGCAGCUUCUCUUGCCUGAAGACAUUUAGGGAACUUGUAAAUUCAGGGAAAACAAUUAGAAAGUGAAACACUCACUUGAAUACCCCAAAGGCACAGCUCCAAGGGCAGAAUCCAGAAUAAAAAUCUAAUGAGAUGGAACAUUCAAACUAAGAAAUAUCAUUACAUCUGGCCUGUAAAGCUCACCAAGAUUAUUUUAUGGAGCACAACAAAGUGUUGGUGCUUAAAAUCAACCCUGAUCCUUUGGUCUUUGUCUACAGCAUUGUAGGAACAACUGCACUAAGUGUGGAGAUAGGUCAAAAAGAGGAAUCAGGGAACAAUUUCUCUUCUUUCUCUCUUUCUGUUGGUGUUUCUAUCCAAACCAAAUAAUAUUAACAAAAUGUUUUAUUAAAAAAGCAAGAAUAAAAAGAGAUGUUGUUCAA